AUGGCGUUUUCUGAUGAUGUGGCGUGCGUGUCAGAGCUGUUGCCGUCCGUCGUGAGGUACGGCGCUGGCGGUGAGGUCGAGUGCGGCGUGCGCGCUCUACGCAGCGCUGUGACGGACCCCGGAAACACGUUCUUGUCGUUCAAGAGGCUGAUGGGCGUCAGGUACAGCGAUCUGGAGGCCUCCGGUUCGCCGCUGUCCUUCCCGUUUGAGCUGGUGGAGGGCAACGACGGGUUCGUGGAGAUGCAGUGCAGCGCCCGCGGGUCCCCGGUGCGGCCAGUGGAAGCGUCCGCGGUCGUGCUCAAGACGCUGGUGGCGCGCGCAGAGGCCUUCACGGGGGACCGCAUCGACAGGGCGGUCGUCACCGUUCCAGCAAGGUUCGGCACCGAGGCGAUCGACGCCACACGCGAGGCAGCCGCCGAGGCAGGUAUUGAGCGUGUGGUCAUCUUGCAGGAACCAGUUGCCGCUGCCCUUGCGCACGGCGUCGACGACAUGGACAAGGUCGCAGAGCAGCUGGUCCUGGUGUUCGAUCUCGGCGGAGGCACGUGCGACGUGUCUCUCCUCGAGUGCUUCGAUGGCGUUGUCGAGGUUGUCGCGACGGCCGGAGACCCCUUCCUGGGGGGCAACGACAUGGACCAAGCACUUGCCCGUCUGAUUCUGCGCCGCGCCGGAAUCGGAGAGCCCGAGGACCCCGUCCAGCUGUGUAGGCUCCGCGAGGCGGCGGAGCGUGCGAAGAUUGAACUGUCCACGGCAGCCAGCACGCACGUCCUCGUCCCUUUUUUGCAAGGAUGCGAGGGGCUGGACGUCGAGAUCACGAGGGAGGAGUUCGACGAGGAGAUUGGGGACAUUAUGGAUCGCAUCGCGGUGCCCCUGCGCUCCCUCGGCGACGAAGCACGGCUCACGUGGGACUGGAAGCCGUGGGACCCCGACGCCCAAGCGGCUGCAGCGAAGGUCGACAAGUGGGCUCCGCCGCCGCGCAAAGUCACGCAGCUCGUCUUCGUCGGGGGUGCGAGCCGUGUGCCCUGCGUGCGGGCCCUGGUUCAGAAAAUGGUGGGACUGGACGCGGGCGGCGUUGAUCCGGAGACGGCUGUGGCCCUCGGAGCGGCGGUGCACGGCGGUGUGCUCGAGGGGGACAUCUCUGCGCUGGAGGUGAUGGACGGCUCCUACAACUGGAUGUUGCAUCAGCGCGUGACUGGAAUGUGA